ACGCUGGUGGUGACCCAACAGGGAGCCAGAGAAGAGGUUAGGCUGUGCCUGGGCGGCAGAGGAGAGCCAGUGGCUGCUGCAGCACCAGAUCUCAGCCUGAAGGAGAUUAAGGGCGGGGCUGGGCAGGAGAAUGCCCAGGGCUGACUGGUCGCUCUAGGCCUCCCAUCCACCUGCCAGCCGCUGGUGCUCCAGCGGGUGGCAAGGUCUGCAUCUGCCAGGCCCAUGGCGGCAUCCGCAGCUCUGUCAGCAGUGGCAGCGGUGGCGACACUGUCGGGCCUGGCAGUGCGACUGUCACGCUCUGCAGCGACCCGUGGCUCUUACUGCGUCUUCUGCAAGGGGCUCACACGCACGCUUCUCACCUUCUUUGAUCUGGCCUGGCGGCUGCGCAUGAACUUCCCCUAUUUCUACAUCGUGGCCUCGGUGAUGCUCAAUGUCCGCCUGCAAGUGCGGAUCGAGUGAGCGCCUGUGGCCACAGCGACCCACAGGAGGGUCCUGGGCCAGCCCUCCUGCCCCUGCGUCCACCCGCCCGCAGGGAGGACAGCGCAGCCGCCCAGAUCUCCCCGAGGCGGUACGGAAAGGAGGCGGGGCGGCCCAGACCUCUGGACACUUGGGCUCUGCGAAAGGACGCUGGCCACUGAGCCACCUAAAGCCGGACCCAGGCGUAACCUGCGCGCACCCGUCGUGUCCAGUGCUGGAUUGCACAAAAACUCAGAAAACAGGCCGUGACUUCGGGUUUGAGGACAUUAUCUGAGUACAGCCAACCUGUUGCUUCACGUUGGCAAAAGGGGGAAACCAGAAAGAAGAAACGCUGCAGCAGCAGGGGCAUGCUUUGACUGGCCUGACCCUAAAGGAACUGGUGUCUGUAGCUGGUGACUCGCCCCUUCUCUGGCCUCAUCAAGAGUCAAACCUCUGCCCACCAGCCAACCUUGGCCCUAGAACUUCCUGGUAGCAGCAGGGUGAAGGGGUUGGCUGAGGAGGAGAUGAAGGGCCCUCCAGGCAGAGGCCCCAAGAGGCUUGGCUUCCUGACACCCAGGAUCACACGGGAGACACCUCUGGAUGGGCUUGGAGUGACCCUGGAGGCCCAGGCGUGCUACUGACAGGUGUUCCAGCAUGGGCAGGAGCAGCCCAGAGGGGAGCCAGGAGAGACCACGGCCCUCACCACCCACCCCCAGUCCCACAUCUGCUGUGACUGGUUGCUCUGGGCCCAAGUACUCAGAGAUCGUGGGACUAAAACCCCACAGCAGUGUGGUCAGCCCCAGGCCCCGAGUGGCCCAAUGUCACCGCAUCUGCCCCACUCAGCUGCCCAGCUGGAGUCUGGGUGGUCCUGGGGGAAUUACUCCUCCUGGCUCACCCCAGGGACUGGGGACUGAGGCUGGACCAAGGCUCCCACAUGCCCCCAGCAGUUUCUCAUGGACAGGGCCUGACGGCUUCCUUCCUUGUGCCAAGUCUCCUGCGAGUCCCCAUUCCUGGUGACCCCUCCUCCAUUCCAACCCUGUCCACCCAGGACCACUUGUGGGAGCCUGCCAGCCUGCUGGCUCCAUGCAUAGAUCUCCCAGGACAGUCUCAGAGAAAGCAGAGCAACAGGGGCUGUGAAAGCUGGGAGGAGGGCCAGGGGCCUUCCUGGGGAUGAUACACAGAUGGGCUCCUUUCAAGCCCAGGUCUCACCUGGGUGAGACCCUCUGGGUGAGUGGAUCCCCAGCUGCAUCCUCUUCCUGGGCCAGCUGGGGAGCAGGAAGGCCUGAGAAGGCUUGAGAAUGAGGGAGGCUGCUCCCUGAACGUGUGCUUGUGUCCCACAGGGAGAAAUGUGUGUCAGAGCCUCCAGGGCCCCUGGCCUCACAGCCCUGCUGGCCUGCUGAGAAGCUCCACCCCAUCUGGAGGCUCUGUGGCUCUUCCUUUGGCUGUCUCUGCCCUCAGACAAUGGCUAGGGGAGGGGCCAGGGACUGGUCCUUCCCUGUGCUCCUGCCACUGCUUUUCUUGCCAUUUUGGCCUUGAGUAGUGAGCUGCUUCUGCUUUCCCACCCCUCCCCAACUGCACCAGGCCCUGGCUGCUCGGUGGGUUUUCAGUGCACUUUAUUUAUUUGCAGUCUGUUUUCCAGGCUGCAGAACUUCUACAAAAUCAGGGACACCAACCUGAAUGACAUGGCUUUCAAUUUUCCGCGUGUGUUAACUCUGUACUGGUCAGAGAAUGUUCUUCUUUCUGGUGUCAAAUCUCAUUGUCUCUGUAAGUUAAAAAAAAAUGAAAGCCCUCAUGUUCUAUG